AUGAUGGUCUAUUGGACUCCGAGCGUUUUGACUGAUCGACUGCCAACGAGAGUUCUCAGCCAAACUACUUGUUCUCUUCAUUCUGUCCUGUUUUCUUCCAGCCGAGGCGUCGGACGCUCCGCACUCCUCGACCUCGUCCACCCACUCCUCUUCUUGCGGUGGUCGAUCUCAGUCGGCCGCCUUCGUCCCGAUCGGUUGUCUUGCCACUGGACGCAGUCUGAACCGCGGCUCUGCUGCUGUCGCCACGGCCGCCGCUUCGAGUGCACCACAGCCCGCGGUGGCCUCGGUACGUGCCAGGCUGUCGCGCAAGAUCGAGGCCCACGAGGUAGAGGCGCUGAUUGCACAGAACUCUUCCUUCAGCCAACCCAGUCUUGA